CAAUGAAUUUAAAUUUUUUAUUAAAUUUUAUAAACUUCACUUAAAAAAACCUUUAUGUCAAGUUUCGUCUGCCUAACAUUCUCUCAUCAUAAUUACUAUCAAUUUCAACCCAACUUGAUUAUGGCCAAAACAAGGCACCCAUCCUCUUACUUUGACCUUCUUAAAUCUUUGACUCUCGAUCUCUUUGAUCUUCAUGGUCCAACCUAGAUAAAAAGGUUUUUGUUCCUAUUUUGGAAAUUGAAGAAUGAGUACUGCUACAUUGGAAGAAAGCUUUGGAAUUGGAAGAAACCCUCAACGGAAAUACAAGGGAGUGCGUCGUCGAAGAUGGGGUAAAUGGGUGUCUGAAAUCCGAGUCCCAGGCACACAGGAACGCCUUUGGUUAGGCUCUUAUUCCACCCCGGAGGGUGCUGCCAUUGCCCAUGACAUUGCUUUCUAUUGUCUCCGUCGACCAUCUUCCUUAAAUGGCCUCAACUUUCCAUCCAUGUUACCUUCAAACGUCAGUGCAAACAUGUCUCCCAAGUCUAUACAGAAAUCAGCAUCGGAUGCUGGCAUGGCAGUCGAUGCCCAGAUGAUGUUGAGCAGACCCAUCAACAAUGAAACCAAGGAAAACGAAAACAGUGUAAUGAUGGGCAUGGAAACAGAUUCCUGGGAAAAAGAUAGCUGUAAUGGGUCAUGGGAAGCAAGUCUGGGAAAAGAAGGGGAGGCUUUGAGCAUUUCCGUUGAAGAUUAUCUCUAAAUAGAUAUCAGAAACAGCUUAAUCCAUCUCUAAAUAGAUGAAAAUUUUGUAUAUUCAAUUUAGAAUGUAAAACAAAUUAUUAGUGCUAAUUUGAUCAGAAGAGCAUGCAAUG